GUGUGGAGAGGACUGAGGGAGGUGGGGAAGCUUAGUAACGGUGCUCUGGAGGUGCGAACUUUCAGCAGGCUUUUGUGUUGAUUGGUUUGGGCUCGUUUUUAAACGAUUUAUCGGCGUGUUUCCUUCAGAAAAACGGAGAUAAAUUAUUGCCAAUCGCUGCUGAUAAACGGCUGGCCCGGUUUAGGAAGCUGUCAGCCUUUUAUCCCUGCAGUAAACGCCUGCAAACUCUGCUGUUUAGCUAACUUAGCUUAGCCUAGCUUAGCUUAGCCCAGCCCGCGGUCAACUGCGGCUCCAGCGAGCCUGCGAUGGAGAGACAGCGCGGAUAAAUUGCGGAUAAAGACCGGGAGCUGCGUCUUCUCCUCCGGCGCGGUGUGGUGGGGACGGCUGGCUGAAAAGGUGCUAAGCAGAGCAGAGUCCUGAUCUUCCAAUGGGCGAAGAGAAGCCAGAGACGUUGGACUUUGUGAAGGACUUUCAGGAGUACCUUACUCAGCAGACUCAACAUGUCAACAUGAUAUCAGGAUCUGUCAGUGGAGUGCAGGACACGGACGACAUCCCAGCAGAGCUUGGUCAGAAUGGCUUGGAGCAUCCAGCAGUGGACAUGGCCCUGGAAGAUGGCUCGGGCAUGUUGGUGGAUGGCUUUGAGCGGACGUACGAUGGCAAACUUAAGUGCCGUUAUUGUAACUACGCCACCAGGGGCACAGCGAGGCUAAUAGAGCACAUACGUAUUCACACCGGUGAAAAGCCCCAUCGCUGCCAUUUAUGCCCUUUUGCUUCUGCUUAUGAGCGCCACCUGGAGGCACACAUGCGCUCUCACACGGGUGAGAAGCCCUAUAAAUGUGAGCUGUGCUCCUUCCGCUGCAGCGACCGCAGUAACCUGUCCCACCACCGGCGUCGCAGGCACAAACUGCUGCCUAUGAAAGGCGCCCGUCCCUCUCUCUCCCACCGCAAAAUGCUCAGCGUGCUGCAGAAGAGAGGGAGCUCGCUGGCCUACAGCCGCCGACUGCUCGUCAACAUCAACCCCAUGUCCAUGGUGCUGCAGAAACCCAGCUGUGAGCAGCAGCACCUGGGUGACUUUGGCCAUGAGCUCCCACCCCACGCCCACCUCCACCAGGAGACCUUCGACAGUCUCGGGAAGGACCCACAAGCUGCACCUGGAGGAAGCUCCAGGGACGGACAGGACCUGGUUUUGGACAACCCGCUCAACCAGCUGUCCACGCUGGCCGGUCAGCUUGCCAGCCUCCCUCCCGAAGCUCACGGUGCCCCUGUGUCACCUGGAGAAGAGUCUCUACCAGACGAGAAGCCCACAUUCCUCGUGCAGCAGCCUGUGACGGCCCCGGCGGCCGUCUCAGCCAGCGCAGACCAGGCAUCGUCCCCGAUCACCCCAGAGCCGCGCCCGGCAGCACACAGUGGCUGCAGCCCCGGCGCGGGCCCCUGCAGCGAGCGAACCAGCACCCCCAGCGGGACCAACAGCCAACCGGGGACCCCCACGCCGGCUCAGGACCCACAGUUGCUCCAGCACUGCCCCCACUGCCACAUUUAUUUCCCUGACAACAUCCUCUACACCAUUCACAUGGGCUGCCAUGGCUAUGAAAACCCAUUUAAGUGUAACAUUUGCGGGUACAGGUGCAGAAACAAGUACGACUUUGCGUGCCACUUCGCCAGAGGUCAGCACAAGCAGUGACUGGAGGAGGACGGGGCAUCAGAGUGGCACUGGUUGAGCACUGACGACUGCUGUGUUUCUGUUGGGGAGCUUGUCUGCCAAUGAGAGAUGGGAACACGCUUUGUAUUUUCAAUUUUGUGCAAUUUUUUAUUUGUUUUGUGCCGAUUUUUGUGGAAACCUUUUCGGACAAGACAGCGGGGCAGCUACUGGACAUCCGUGCCUACGUGAUCUAGGUGUAUCUCAUGUUACAUUAUUGGUAAUAGUAUUGGAUUGAAAGUCGUGGUUCAUGAAAAAAUCAUUUUGAGACCUGUAUUUGGGUCUAUAAAAGAGGCAGGAAGGCAUAUAGAUAGUAGUUUUUAACAAGAGUGGUGUUUGUGGGUAUUAGCACAUCUGUAUUGAUACAUGUUGAAAGCUGUAUAUUCUACAUGGACUCAGUUUUGUUUUCAGGAAGCUCAAAUGAAUUCCAGUCAUCCUCAGAGCAUCUGCACUGACAUUUUGCCCCAAAAAUCAUUUUGUUUUUUAAUCAUUAGGAUUCAAAAACAGUGCCUGGAAUAAGUUCCAUACAGCCUUGUUAAAGAUGGGAGUGUUAAAUGCAGGAGAAUAGCAUCUUCUGCUAUCAUGGUUGUUGUACUAUCUAAUAAGUUAGUAAGAGUUAAUAUUUAAAAGGUGGCUGAUUUCACCUCAGAAUAUCAAUGUAAGGAGACAUGCUACCUGUCUUUUAUACCAUUACUCAUUACUGGUCUGCUGGCAGUCAGAAAAAAAGGAUUGCUCAUGUGUUUUGUAUUUGUGUUGAUGUAUUUAUUCUGUCUGUUCACUUAAACUCAACCUGAAAUCUAAA